AUGGAAACAGGUCACAUUUCAGAGGGAGCUUAUGCAGCUUCACCGAGAAGGGUGUUUGAAGAGCAGGAACCGCGCUGGAGGCUGGAGAAGAGUGUCGCAAACAGGGGCACAACCCGGAGGUUGCGGAAGAAGUGUCCUGGUUUGGAAGAAAGGUGGUGUGGUCCCACUAAUGAGAACCAGUACAUAUAUACAUGUGUGAGUCCAUCUGUGCAUGAGAGGUCCCACGUACAGUCAUCAAAUGGUGAGGUGACCACAAGACCAAAGAAGACGCCCAGCUAUCUGCAACUCUCAGCUAAAGGGAAUGGACAAAGCGUGAACACUCUCUGGCUCCCAGCCUCUUCCAUCUAUCUGACAGGGUCCCGCUGUCAGGUCUCCGUUAACUGUCCUGAGAUCUGCCUCUGGAAGUCAUGCUAUCCAGAGAAGUCAUGUCUCUGGCCUGGUUGGGAUCUACCUGCAGUGGGAUCCAGAGUCUGUGAGAUUCCGGGCCAGUCGAGUGACUUUUGCGGCAUCACAAUUCUCUGGGUGGCCCGCCUGCUGGCCAAGAGAGUCCACUCAAUCUGCAAGAAGCUCCUUCCAACCAAAGUGGCCAACAGAAAGUGGUCACUGUGCUCUCCUUGGAACCAUCAGAAUGGGGUCGGGGUGCUGCUUGCCCACCUGCACAGCUGACAGAUGCAUGUCUUAGGGCAAAUCACUAAAUUCGCAUUGUGGCUUUUAUUUAUCACUCUUCUUGUUCUUGGUUCAUGCCAGUUCACUCCGAGAGGGAGAGAAGCAUUUUACUGUGCCACAAAAUCGACACCCGUUGCAAUCAGCUUGAUACUAUAAAUAUCACCUGAAUGAAUAAAAUUGGAUUUUUGAGCACGCUGGGGAGGGCUGAACUCAAACAAUAACAAAUUCCCAAGAAAACGGUCACUUCUUGGCCAGGCUGGGUUAGCAGCUGGCCUGUGCUGGGUUCCCUCUGAUGUGCCACAGGCUUGGAUGA